AUGGAGGAGGUCGACGUACUGCCUGCCGAAGAGCAGCGGUCCGUUUGGGAUGAAACAGAGCGAAAUUUCUGGUACAAGUUUGACCAUGACAACGAAGUCAGCCACCAAGAAGCAGAACAAAGUUACAAAGUGAGAGAAUCGGACGUGAGAGCCGAUCUCGGCACGUUAACCACGAAGCGAACAGAACUCACUGAGCGGCAAGAACGUCUGUUGAAAGAACUUACGAAAGUAGAAGAGGAGCUCGCUCGAGUUGUUGAAGAAUGUGACGAUAGAGCCACCGAAUUGAAUCUGCUAGAACAGAAAUACCGCCAAAGCGAACAUGAAAGGCUGGAACAACGCAGCAAAAUUGCUACAAGCAUGGAAAGAUUCUUCAGGGUCAAACGCGGGGAAGAUCCUGAUGCGCCCUCUGAACGAGACAAGGACCAUCUACGAGAAGUGCUUAGGAACACUCCACGGUCCCGUCGCGGUCAGGACCGGGGCCAUGACCAUGAGGCUGCCCGAGCCGAAGCUUUACAACAAGCCAAUGAAGCAGCAAGAACAACGCGUGACUUGAUACCUCCUCCCAAGGCUGAACCCUUCCAUCACAGGACUGAGCGAUUGAAUCAAUGGGUUGAAGCCAUUCAAGAUAUGCCCAUAAAACGACAAGUCAAGAUACGCCGAGGCCGCAAGUUUACAUCGGAUAACUUGGCUACUAUCCACGAUCGCUCCGACCAGAAGGGAGUCAAGUGGAUUUCUUGCAUGAUUCAAGCUACAGGAGAAAUUCAACCGCGGCGAUGUCACUCCUGUGAUAAAAAUCAAGGUGCCUUUGACGACUGCAUCAUUUUAGGAGGGCCCCUUUUUCAAAAAUGUGGCAAUUGCGAAUGGAAUCGCCAAGGAUGCCAUAUGCCACUUUCCAGUAAAUCCGUCAACACCAGAGAAGCGAGACACGAACAGGAACCUGUUUGUGACGCCAAUAAAGAAACAGAGCCGUUAGCAUUUCGAGCGCCGCCAACGACCCAGGCCCAUCAAUCUAUCCGGCCGUAUCCAAGUCGCGAAGCGGAGCUGGCGCGAUCGACGGGUCGGUUGAACGGAAGCCCUAUCCUACCUGAGCCAGUCCAAAUGCCGACACCAAAAGAGAACCGAGAGCAUCCCUUCGUCAGCAAAUAUGCUGGCUCAGGCGGCUUCACCCCAGCAAAUGUACGAAGUCGACCGCCCUCUCGCGAUAUUCCAACACCAUCUGUGCAAUCAGUCGAAAAUUCUCCGCAGCCGACGGGACGGCAACUUGCAUCAUCUGACGAGAUCACAAGAAGCAAUUUAGUACUGAGACAUAACGGCACCAUUUACACCUACCCGGAGUGUGUUGAAGGUGUACCUCUUGUAAAGAUUGAUGAGACGCACCCUUACUGGGACCCACGAUGGCCGUCUGUGCGAUCGAUUAUCGAACCUCAACUUGAGCAGUGGCAAGCCAAAUAUGCCGACUCCGUGGCGAGAAAGGCAAGGGGCGAAGGCGGCUCCUCCAAGUUUCAAAACGGACGCCAGGUUAAUCGCGGCAACAAAAUAUUGGAGUUCUUGCGGGAGGGUGAGAUCAGCCCCUAUCAGCUCCUGUCAAAGCAGUACACGCACACAGGGAAGGGGACCAUCACGGCGUAUGACACGGUGUUCCGGAUGUGCGAAACUCUGAGUGAACUGGCCAAAUACAGGCUCGACAUCUCUCCCGUGGAGUGGCUCCGCCAACGUUUUCAUGAACUUAUUCUAGAAAAGGGGGCAAAUUUCAAUUAUUCCAAAAUUAUGCACGACUUCUACCAUGACCCUAAACUGGCUCACUUGCGCUCUAAGAACGGCUAUAAGAGCAUUGGACGCCCGUCAGGAUACAAAGCCGGCCAAACGACAGGAAACGAUAAUGGUACUCCUCAAAGUGGCGCAAAAAAGAGAAAGAGCAUGCAUUCACAGACAGACACUCCCAGAGCUACACCGUCAGCCAGUCAUUCACCGCUCAUGGUUCAGGACGACUACACGCACUCUCCCCUGCCGAGCAGUGCAGCACCAUACUCAUCGGACAACUCGUUUAAUGCGCCGAUUCAGAAGCGUUUGAAACCCUUAUCGCCGGUGUCAGCUCCGCCGAACGACGAAUUCUACACAGAGGACAUUUCCGAUGCCGACUCUUGGAGCGGCGCUCCGAUCCAAUCGCUAGACUGGCGAAUAUAUCAGGUGAAGACUCGAUUAUUUACUAGUUCCACAAAGGUGACGCAAUACUGGCACUGGAAGGAGGACAAGCGAGUGUUUGAGCAUCAAGUUCUGAGGGACAUGAAGCCGGUUAGCUGGGGUGUUCUUCGAUCUCCAAUUGAUUUCGAUAUCCCCCUGGAUGAUAUUGUUCAAGUUGAUUGGAAUAUCGAUGCGUUGCAGGUGCACUUUGUGAUGAGCCAGUUUGGCCCCAGAGUGGCUAAGCAAGAUGGAAAACCUGCCGGCGAUGUCAUGGCCGCAUUCAAACGAGAGUCUACAAUGCGUCGGUUCCUCAGCUAUUGUCGCCAGCGUCGGUUGAAGUUGGUGAGGAUAACAGCAGAUGACAUUGAACAACGAUGGGGCAAGUUGCAGUCAGAAAAACUGCCCGAUACGGACGAAGAGGCCAGCCCAGCAUUUCGGGAAUAG